AAGUAAAUUACACCCACCAUUUACACACACACAGAAAAGCAAAAACCAGAAAAACAAAAAAGUCUCUCUCUCUCUACCAGCAAAGACACAAUCACAGAGUAACAGUCAUCUCUGAUUCCCAUUGAAACCUUUUCUUUGGGGAUCAGAGUUUAAUUCUUACAUUUUUGGUUCUGUUUCUGUAAAGGUUGUGCAUAAUUUGGUUAAAAACUGAAUUACAGAGUGUUGGGUCAUUUGAUAAAUUUGAUUUUUCCAAUGGGUAUUUCGGAGAAGGAUAGUAGUAGAAUGGAAGGGUGGUUAUAUCUGGUUCGUUCAAAUCGGUUUGGACUUCAGUACUCACGAAAACGAUACUUUAUUCUUCAAGACCAUUUUCUUCAGAGCUACAAAUCUACACCAGUUUCCAGUAACGAGGAUCCUAUUAGAAGUGCAGUUAUUGAUUCCUGCAUUCGCGUAACAGACAAUGGCAGAGAGAGCAUUCAAAGAAAAGUCUUUUUCAUUUUCACGCUUUAUAACACCUCAAAUCAUAACGAUCAGCUGAAGUUGGGAGCAAGCAGUCCUGAGGAAGCUGCAAGGUGGAUCCAGGCAUUUCAGGAAGCAGCUUUAAAGGCAGACAUGAACAGAGGAAAUCAAGUGGAUUUUCCAAGGAGUGAUUCACACACUUUGAGGUUAAAUUGUUCCAACAAGUCUUAUCGUCUGAAUUCGAUUGAUUGGACUGUCUGUUCAUCCUCAGUUACAGAUGCUAUGACGUCUGAUGUUGUUGCACCCUCGCCUUGGACAAUCUUUGGGUGUCAGAAUGGUCUUAGGCUGUUUAAGGAAGCUAAAGAUAGGGAAUCUCUUGGAAAGUGGGAUGAUCACCCCGCUAUAAUGGCUGUUGGUGUAGUUGAUGGAACUUCAGAGGCCAUUUUUCAGACACUCAUGUCACUUGGUCCUUCAAGAUCGGAGUGGGAUUUCUGUUUCUACAAAGGCAGUGUGAUUGAACAUCUUGACGGUCACACUGAUAUAGUUCAUAAGCUUCUAAAUCGGGAUUGGCUACCUUGGGGUAUGGGAAGAAGAGAUCUUCUUUUGCAGCGUUAUUGGAGAAGGGAGGAUGAUGGAACCUAUGUUAUUCUGUACCAUUCAGUGUUUCACCAGAAGUGUACACCUCAAAAGGGCUACAUUCGUGCCUGCCUUAAAAGUGGAGGAUAUGUGAUAUCACCAGUUAAUCAAGAGAAGAGGUCAGUAGUUAAGCAUAUGCUUGCUAUUGACUGGAAAUUCUGGAAGUCAUAUGUACGAACAUCUGCAGCCAGAUCUAUAACAAUACGCAUGCUAGGGAGACUUGCUGCUUUGAGGGAGCUUUUCAGUGCAAAAAUAGGAAAUUACUUGCCCUCUGAUGUGUCAGGGGAGCUGGUCAAAAGUAAAAGACUGCGUCAAGUUGAAGAAGAAAUUAAGCUUGAAGUGCAAACCCGGUUAGAAAAUGGAAAGAAUUUGGCAGAUCUGGAGGAAGAAGUAGUUAAAACGCCUUCAAGCUUGAUGGGUUUAAACGAUGCGGCAGAUGAGUUCUUUGAUGUCUCUGAGCCACUGGAUUAUGACCAAUCAGAAAAUGGUUGGCCUUCUGAUUUUGGCCCAGAGACAUACUCUCAGGUAUUUACCUGUUUCACGUUUAAACCAUAAGCUUAGGGAGUUGUU